AUGGACAGCGGUAACCCAGGUGAGUCAAGAAGGGGUGGUAUUAUUGGGGAUUCUAAAGGUGAUGUAAUGGUGGGAUUUGCUCAUUCUUAUGGUCAUGUUAUUGACAUCAUCGCCGAAUGUAGAGCUUUUCUUGAUAAGCUUUGGUUGUGUGAGCAAUUGGGUUUGUGGGAUUUACUGGUAGAGUGGGAUUCAGCUAUUAUAGUUGGUUGGCUAGCAUCGGGAGUGUGCAGAUAUUGGGUUCUUUAUGAUUUUUGGGAGGAAGUUAAAGAUAUUGUUAGUGAGUUAAAUGUUCGUUUUUACCAUAUUUUUAGAGAAUGCCAUAUGGUGGCAGACUUUUUGGCAAAGUAG